UUGAUUUGAUGGUUUGAAAAAACCAAAAACAAAAAAGUCUUUCCUUUUUCUUCACCCAAUGGGCAUUAUAAAGUGAAGAAACUGAGCAUGGAUGGAUGCAUCAAUCAGCACCCAACACAAUCUAAUCUAUUCAACCAUGCAGCCUCAAAUUGUUUCAAGGCAGAGCAUUAAGCCUUCUUCCCCAACGCCCCCUCAUCUCAGAACUCAUGCCCUCUCCCUCUUUGAUCAGCUCGCCCCCCACAUGUAUGUUCCUCUCGUCUUCUUCUUCCGCCGCCCCCACGCUGCUUCCCCCAACCCCCCCUGCACAUCCCACUUCCUUCAACGCUCUCUUUCCGCCACUCUGUCUCGGUACUACCCUUUCGCGGGCAGGAUCAAAGACAAACUGACGGUGGACUGCAACGAUGAGGGGGUCACGUUUUUGGAAGCCAGACUGGAAGGUGUCGUGACACUGGCGGAGAUCUUGGAAGGCCCUAAAAGUGAGAUAGUGGAGAUGCUAUUCGUGGAUGGGCUGCAAUGGAAACACUCCAAAAUGGGUCCGUUGUUGGCCAUUCAAGUUACCUACUUUCAGUGUGGAGGAUUCGCCGUCGCCGUCCUUCUGUCCCAUAAGCUUGGGGAUCUUGCCACGCUGGUGAAGUUCGUCACAGAUUGGGGCUUCCUCACUCGGGAUACCUCCACCUCUGCUCAACACACUGUGAACCCACUUUUUCACUCCGCCGAUUUGUUCCCUCUCGGCGACCUGCCACCCAUGUCCGGCGCCGCCAUUGAAGAAGGAAAAAACUUCACCUGCAAACGGUUUGUGUUCGAAGCUUCAAAGAUCGAAGCCCUGAAACGCAGCAUCUCCGACAAAGUUAAAAAUCCAACCCGAGUCGAAGUUGUGACGGCGUUGAUUUACAUAGCCAUUAUUUCAGCAUUGCGAGAUUCAAAUCCAAAUCCCAACAACCACCCCACAUUACUGUUACAAACAAUGAAUUUACGCACAAGGAUGGUGCCGCCGCUGCCGGAGAGUACAAUGGGAAAUAUAGUCUCAUUCUUCCCGGUGGCCGCCGCCGCCGCCGGGGAAAGAGAAGUAGAGGUACACGAGGUGGUGGGUGUAAUGAGGAAAGAAAUGGGUGAGUUUUGCGACAAAUACGCCAAAAAGUACCGAACAGAGGAGUGGGUUGAAUUGAUAAAAAAGCGAUUAAAUGAAGUCAGAGAAAUUCUGAGCAAGAAUGGAAAAAGCCAAUUGGUUUAUAGAUGCAGCAGUGGCUGCAAGUUCCCCGUUUAUGGAGUGGAUUUUGGGUGGGGAGGGGCGGCUUGGGUGACAAUGGCGGCGCUCAGGAUGAAGAACACGGUGAUGAUGAUGGACGACAAAAAUGGCGGCGGCAUUGAAGCUUUGGUUUGCUUGGAUGACAAGGAAAUGGGUGGCUUUCAGCACAAUGAGGAGCUUCUUGCUUAUGCUUCUCUUAACCCAACUGCAAAUUGUGCAAAUUAUGCAAAUUAUUGAAUUUCCAGUUUGGGGAAAAAAAA